AGAAAACCGAGCAGCCGGGAAGUCUAGGGCCCAGGUGAAUGGAAGUAUCGUGGAGUAAUGUGACAGCUGCAGAAAAGAAUGGCGAAGACGACAGAUAAACGAAGUUAAAAUCCAUUAAUUUCUGUUUUAUCGCGCUGAAACAGUUUAAAAGAAAACUUCCGAUAGGUGAUACUGAAAGUGCAGUGAUUAAAAAACGUCUGGGUGGGAGCUGUGUUCAAAUCAGGAUUUGGAGGCAUUUGCUCGCUAGACCAUCACAGAUGAUUCCAUAAGAAAGCUUCAGAGAAAUACGGUUGUUACCAUUUAAGAGAUGAGCUGACUGAAGUCCAGAAUAUGAUGAAGCCAAAAAAUUGUGAGAAGUGGGCAUUUAGUAAUCUCCCUAAAUCUGAAACUGAAGCAGGACGAGGCAGCAUCUUUUACUAUUGGCCUUCAAGACAGGAAAUAAGAAGCAGAUCACUAAAGUGCAACUCGCCAGAAAGCAUCUUUGGAGCAAAAUGAAAUGAAAAGAAUACUUGAAGAAUAAAGCACCUGCUUUGCAUCUGUUAAGCAUGGCAGGGCUACAGCUUGUUACCCCUGCUUCAUCUCCAAUGGGUCCAUUUUUUGGACUCCCUUGGCAACAAGAAGCAAUUCAUGAUAAUAUUUAUACACCAAGAAAAUAUCAGGUUGAACUUCUUGAAGCAGCUUUGGAGCAAAAUACUAUUGUCUGCCUAAAUUCUGGCUCAGGGAAGACAUUUAUUGCAGUACUUUUAACAAAAGAACUUUCCCAUCAAAUUAGGCACGACUUCAGCAAAAAUGGAAAAAGAACAGUUUUCUUGGUUAAUACAGCAUCUUGUGUUAUACAGCAAGCAGCAACAGUUCGAACUCAUUCUGAUCUUCAAGUUGGUGAGUACACAAAUGCUGAAACAACAUGCACAUGGACCGAAGAGAAAUGGAUCCAGGAAAUGGCUGAAAACCAGGUUCUUGUAAUGACUUGCCACAUAUUUUUGCACAUACUAAGGAAUGGCUUUUUACCUCUGGAUAAAAUUAACCUGUUGGUGUUUGAUGAGUGUCAUCUUGCAAUCAUGGACCACCCGUUUAGGGAUAUCAUGAAGAUAUGUGAAAACUACCCUUCCUCUCCCCGAAUAUUGGGUCUUACAGCUUCCAUUUUAAAUGGUAAAUGUGACCCCUCUGAGUUAGAGGAGAAGAUUCAAAACCUUGAAAAAAUUUUAAAAAGUAAUGCAGAAACUGCUACAGACCUUGUUGUCUUAGACAGGUACUCGUCCCAGCCUCGCGAAGUUGUGUUAGAUUGUGGACCAUAUAUGGAUAAAAGUGGACUUUGUGAAAGACUUUUAAAUGAAUUGGAUGAAGCACUUAAUUUUCUUAAUGACUGCAACCUGUCUAUACUUCAUGAAGACAAAGAUCCUACAUUUAUUUCUAAACAGGUGCUGAAUGACUGCCGAUCAGUAUUGACAGUUUUGGGACCUUGGUGUGCAGAUAAAGUAGCAGGGAUCAUGGUAAGGGAACUACAGAAAUACAUCAAGCAUGAACAGGAGGAGUUGAACAGAAAGUUCUUACUGUUUACAGACACUAUUUUAAGAAAAAUCCACGCUCUCUGUGAAGAACACUUCUCCCCCACUUCCCUGGACCUUAAAUUUGUUACCCCAAAAGUAAUUAAAUUACUUGAGAUACUGCAUGAAUAUAAACCAUUUGAGCGGCAGCAGUUUGAAAGUGUGGAGUGGUAUAAUAACAGAAACCAGGAUAAUUAUGUGUCCUGGAGUGACUCUGAAGAUGAUGAUGAGGAUGAAGAAACGGAGGAGAAAGAAAAACCUGAAGCUAAUUUUCCUUCACCUUUCACCAACAUACUGUGUGGAAUUAUUUUUGUUGAACGGCGUUACACUGCAGUAGUUUUAAACAGGUUGAUUAAAGAGGCGGGUAAACAGGACCCAGAAUUGGCCUAUAUCAGCAGUAACUUUAUAACUGGCCAUAGUAUUGGAAAAAAUCAACCUCGAAACAAACAAAUGGAAGUUGAGUUCAGAAAGCAAGAAGAGGUACUUCGAAAGUUCCGUGCUCAUGAAACAAACUUGCUUAUUGCUACAAGUAUUGUGGAGGAAGGUGUAGACAUUCCAAAGUGCAAUUUGGUGGUUCGCUUUGAUUUGCCAACAGAAUACCGGUCUUAUGUGCAGUCGAAAGGAAGAGCAAGAGCCCCACUCUCAAAUUUUGUCAUGUUGGCUGACAGUGAUAAAACUAAAGCUUUUGAAGAGGAUCUUAAAACAUACAAAGCUAUAGAAAAGAUCCUGAGAAACAAAUGUUCAAAGUCUGCUGAUUAUAAUGAAUUUGAAAUCGAGCCUGUUGUGGAUGAUGAUAAUAUUUUACCACCAUAUGUUCUGCGAACUGAAGAUGGUAGCCCAAGAGUUACAAUCAACACUGCUAUUGGACAUGUUAACAGGUACUGUGCACGGUUACCCAGUGAUCCCUUUACCCACCUUGCUCCAAAAUGUAAGACUGUGGAAGUCCAUGACGGGUUCUACAGAUCAACACUUUAUCUUCCAAUCAAUUCACCCCUCAGAGUUCCCAUUACAGGACCACCCAUGGCUUGUGCAAGAUUAUCAGAGAAGGCCGUAGCCCUCUUAUGUUGUGAAAAAUUGCACAGUAUAGGUGAACUAGAUGAUCAUUUGAUGCCUGUUGGGAAAGAAACGGUUAAAUAUGAAGAAGAGCUAGAUUUACAUGAUGAGGAAGAAACCAGUGUACCUGGAAGACCUGGGUCUACAAAACGAAGACAAUGCUAUCCAAAAGCUAUUCCUGAAUGCCUGAGAGAAAGCUAUCCUGUACCUGAUCAACCAUGCUACCUUUAUGUUAUUGGUAUGGUGCUUACCACACCUCUUCCAGAUGAGUUAAACUUUAGAAGAAGAAAGUUGUACCCUCCAGAAGAUACUACCAGAUGCUUUGGGAUAUUAACAGCCAAACCAAUACCUCGGAUUCCUCAUUUUCCAGUGUAUACUCGCUCUGGUGAAGUUACAAUAUCCAUAGAACUGCAAAAGUCGGGCUUUACUUUGAGUGCUCAACAACUAGAACUGAUUACCAGGCUUCACCAGUACAUUUUUUCUCACAUUCUUCGUCUUGAAAAACCUGCACUAGAGUUCAGACCUGCAGAGGCUGAUGCAGCCUACUGUGUACUACCUCUUAAUGUUGUUGAGGGCUCCAACAUAUUGGAUUUAGACUUUAAGUUUAUGGAGGAUAUUGAAAAAUCUGAAGCACGAAUCGGCAUUCCCAACACACAGUAUACAAAAGAAAAUCCCUUUGCUUUCAAAUUGGAAGACUACCAAGAUGCUGUUAUCAUUCCAAGGUAUCGCAAUUUUGACCAGCCUCACCGGUUCUAUGUUGCUGAUGUCUAUACUGAUCUUACUCCACUUAGUAAAUUUCCAUCUCCAGAAUAUGAAACAUUUGCAGAGUAUUAUAAAACCAAGUAUAACCUUGAUCUGUCAAAUUUAAACCAACCCUUGCUGGAUGUGGACCACACUUCUUCAAGACUGAAUUUGUUAACUCCUCGACAUCUCAAUCAGAAAGGUAAAGCUCUUCCUUUGAGCAGUGCUGAAAAACGUAAAGCAAAGUGGGAGAGUCUUCAGAACAAACAGAUUUUGGUUCCUGAACUCUGUGCAAUUCAUCCAAUCCCAGCAUCUUUGUGGAGAAAAGCAGUCUGCCUACCCAGUAUCCUCUAUCGUCUACACUGCCUUCUUACAGCAGAGGAACUAAGAGCCCAGACAGCUAUUGAUGCAGGAGUAGGGGUCAAAACAUUACCGCCAGACUUCAGGUACCCAAACUUGGAUUUUGGAUGGAAGAAAACAAUAGAUUGCAAAACUUUCAUCUCAAGUCCCAGUACUUGCACAGAAGAAAAUGAAAAUUACUGUAAGCACAGCAUAACUGUAGCCCCUGAUAAUGCUGCAAAUCAAGGUGCUAAUGUAGAAACCUGCAUGUGUGAGAGAUUUACAUUGACACCUAUGAACUUUAAAGCACCUUCUGAAUUGUCAUCUGACAUUAAUAAACCUAUUGCAUUCUUUGAGGAAAAUGGAGCUCAAGAUGCUCUAAUUUGUGCUGAGAACCUCACUAAUGGCAGCACUGUUGAAGCUGAACGCAGUGCCAGCCAAUUUUAUUCCUGCAAGAGUGAAAUACCUUCACAAUCAACUACCUCUGUUCCCAUGCCUACUUCAUGCAGCAUUGAGAACCAGCCCAAGCCCAGCUUUGAAUGUACUGUAAUGGAUAAUUGUAUCUAUGGAUAUUCUAAAAAAUCUACCUCAGAAAGUUGCCUAGAAGUGGCAACACUGGCAAGAUAUUUGGCACCUUUGGCAGUUUCAGAAAAUUCCAAGCUUGCAGUCAUCCCUGUAAAUGGUGACUCUCCUAAAACGUUUGGCCCGAAUCCCGGGCUUAUUUUACAAGCCUUGACUCUGUCCAAUGCUAGUGAUGGGUUCAAUCUUGAAAGACUGGAGAUGCUUGGAGAUUCCUUUCUCAAACAUGCAAUCACAACAUACUUAUUUUGUACAUAUCCAGAUGCUCAUGAAGGUCGUCUCUCCUACAUGAGGAGUAAAAAGGUGAGCAAUUGUAAUCUAUAUCGCCUUGGGAAAAAAAAGGGUCUCCCAAGUAGAAUGGUGGUUUCAAUUUUUGAUCCACCUGUGAACUGGCUUCCUCCUGGGUAUGUGGUUAACCAAGAUAAAAGCACUACAGACAAAUUGAAUGCAGAUGAAAUGAUGGGAAAAGAACAUUUGUCUAAUGGAAGAUCUGGAGAUGAAUAUGAUGAUGAUGAGGAGGAGGAUGAGGAUGAUGAUGAAGAUGAUGAUGACCUAAUGUGGAAAGAAUCUAAGGAUGAAGUUAAUGUGGAAGAUGAUCUGGAAUAUUACCAAGAGCAUAUUCGAUUCAUUGAUAACAUGCUUAUUGGUUCAGGGGCUUUUGGAAAAAAAAUAUCAUUGUCACCAUUUCCAUCUGCAGAAUCCAGUUGUGAGUGGAAAGCACCCAAGAAAUCCUCCCUGUCAAAUGUUCAGUUCUCUUCAGAUAAUGAUGAAUUUGACUACAGUUCUUGGGAUGCAAUGUGUUACCUUGACCCAAGCAAAGCAGCAGAAGAGGAUGAUUUUGUAGUGGGUUUUUGGAAUCCUUCUGAGGAAAACUGUGGAACAGAUACUGGUAAACAGUCCAUCUCAUAUGACUUGCAUAGUGAGCAGUGCAUUGCAGAUAAAAGCAUUGCUGACUGUGUGGAAGCCCUGCUUGGAUGCUACCUGACUAGCUGUGGUGAGAGAGCUGCACAGUUAUUCCUUUGCUCUCUUGGCUUAAAAGUGCUUCCUGUGGUGAAGUCUAACAGAGUUCUAGAUGGUGCCACUUGUCAUAAUAAACCUAGCGCAGAUAGUGAAAAAGAUGUGCAGUAUGACUGGCUCAGGAUCCCCCCCAGAUGUGUGUUUGAUCAUCCAAAUGCAGAGAAAACCCUGAGCCACUUAAUUGCAGGUUUUGAAAACUUUGAAAAGAAAAUCAACUAUACCUUCAUAAAUAAGGCCUACCUUCUUCAGGCUUUUACACAUGCAUCUUAUCACUACAAUACCAUAACAGAUUGUUACCAGCGUUUGGAAUUUCUUGGAGAUGCAAUUUUGGACUACCUCAUAACUAAGCACCUUUAUGAAGAUCCUCGCCAGCAUUCUCCAGGAGUGCUGACAGAUUUGCGAUCUGCCCUUGUUAACAAUACCAUUUUUGCUUCUCUUGCUGUGAAGUACGACUACCACAAAUAUUUCAAAGCUGUUUCACCUGAGCUGUUCCAUGUAAUUGAUGACUUUGUGCAGUUCCAGUUAGAAAAGAAUGAAAUGCAAGGAAUGGAUUCAGAGUUAAGGAGAUCUGAAGAGGAUGAAGAAAAGGAAGAAGAUAUUGAAGUUCCUAAGGCUAUGGGAGAUAUAUUUGAAUCACUUGCUGGUGCAAUUUACAUGGACAGUGGUAUGUCUUUGGAGACGGUUUGGCAAGUUUACUUCCCGAUGAUGAGACCACUAAUAGAAAAAUUUUCUGCCAACGUUCCACGGUCUCCUGUUCGUGAAUUGUUAGAAAUGGAGCCAGAGACUGCCAAAUUCAGUCCUGCUGAAAGGACCUAUGAUGGAAAAGUACGGGUUACUGUAGAAGUUGUUGGGAAAGGAAAAUUUAAAGGUGUUGGACGAAGCUAUAGGAUCGCCAAAUCAGCAGCAGCUCGAAGGGCACUGAGAAGUCUCAAAGCGAAUCAACCUCAGGUUCAGUCUAGUUAAAUAUCUUGUACAAGAUGUCAUUAACUUAGUUUAUUAAAAACAAAAAAAAAGCAGCAAGCAAAAGGUAAAAGUGAGGUAAUGAAAUAACUUGGCAGCCUAUUAGACAUAAAGCAUUUUAUAUAAAAGAAAAAAAGAGCUGUUCAUGAAAGUGUUUGUUUUGUUUUUAUUUUGUUUUGUUAAUGCGCAAACACAAUCUUUUCUUUAUUCUGCUUUGUUUAAUCACAAGAGUGCUUUAUAACAAUUGGGAGGGUGUAAGAUCAGGUGUCUACACUUUUUUCAUUACAUUUGUUUUUGUUUUUUUUAAUGUGCUUCAUAUUAGUGCAUCAAGAAACUUGUGAUUAAUUUUAGGAGAUAAGAUAAAUUAAAUUAGAAAAAUUAUAAAUUAUACGGUAUAUAAACUAAUUUCGGAGCUUCUGCACUAGUGCCAGUCCAUAAAACAAUUGAAGAUAUUGUUAUGGAUUUACUGGUAUCAGAACAGUAGAAUGAGUGUUAAUAUUGUUCUCCGUUUAAUCAUUAUUGCACUUAUUUGUUAUGGGCUGUUUUUCUUUUUUUUUUUUUUUCUUUUUUUUCUUCCUUCCUCCUCCUCCACCCUGUUAACAAGUCUAACAUUUUAUAAAAUUAAUACAAUCAAAUUUUAGGGAUAAAUGCAGUUGUUAACAUUAAAGAAGAAGAGGGGAAAAAGGUUGUAGCCUUAAAAAAAUAAGCCCUCACUAACGUUCCUACAAAUUGUGCAGAAUUUUUACAUUCCCAUCCGCUGCAAUAUGAAAUGUUUUACAGCACUCUGAAUGCAUGCUUGUGUGUGGCUGUAAAUUUAAAACCUUUACCCCAGAUUAUAUGCUAUAGAGCUAUCAAUUAUAUAUAGAUAUGUAAAGUGUUUAUUACAAAUGAGAAAUUAGAAUAAUAUUUUAAGUUUCAUUACAUUUUUUGAUAAAAGUAAAAGUUGAUUUUCAAUUGUCGAUCAUUGAGGUUAACAUUUUAAUUGUUACCACUUACUAAACCAUUUAGUUUUGAUAGAACAAUAGCUAGAUGACAUAUCACCUGGGAAAUAUGCUGCAGAUUUUAUAAUAAUUGGUUACGUCUGUAAGAAAUGGAGCACCUUUACAAUCUUUAAAUAAUAUUUCUUACUGUAGUUCUCACAAAUUGCAUCCAUACUUCACUUACCAAAGUUACAGGUUUCUCAAUGCCAUAGGAUUGCAUUUGUGAGGUAAACUGUCAUAGUAACUCUGAAUAGUAGGACAAUAAAACCAGCCUUCCUGUACUUUAAGCUAAUUUAUGUUGUUGUCCAUUGCUUGAAGCUAAGCCGCUUUUUGUUGUGACUUUUUUGUAUUUAGGAUCAUUAGGCACUCUUCACUUGAAUACCUCAGUUAUUUUGCAUGCAUUAUUUUCUGUUUUGGUGCUAUGUUUUUAUGUAUUAAGCUUGAAUUUUAUUUAAUUUUUUUUGCACUGUAACUAUAAUACCUCUUUUAAUUUACCUGUAAAUCUGUUGGAUCAAUUUUGAGUACCAGCAAAUACCAGCAGCAAACCAGUAGAGGUUACCUACAUUUUCAUUUUAAUUUCCCUUUUGAUUAUGCUUGAAGUAUUUUGGGAAAGCUGCACAUAAAAACUGGGACAGAGGUCUUGUUACUUACUGCUUUGUCUGUUCCUCCCAUUAAUUUUGGAUUUAGUCCUUGAAUCUGGCUGAGCGGGUCAUUUAAUAUUUAGUAAUUUAGUAUAAUGCAGGUUUUAUUGAAUAUAUUUUGCAGUUUUUUGCUAAACAAAAUCAGACAAAUCAAUGUCAAUAUCAUGGUAGAAAUUCAGUAUACUCUACACAACUCUUCUCCAAAUAAACACAAAAAAGUCAAAUUUGCCACUUUCAGUAAAAGUGUAGAGAUCUUUUUGUUUGCUGCGUAUUCAGGUUGCCUUAAACGUUUGCCUCACUGUGUAAGUGACAGUAAAUAUUUUGCUCUUUGCAUGUUUAUUGUGUCCUGUUAAAAUGCUGUUAGUGUCAACACCUGAGUCACUGUCAACAGAUAAUUCAGUUAAUUAUAAGACUGUGUGAAGAAAAAUGUAUGAUUAUAUCAGACUUCACUGUUAAUAAAUAAGAAACAGUGUUAACACACAUGUUCAGUAUUACUACCUCAAUAUUUGGUUUCAGUUAACAUUUUCUCAUUAUAAACUUUAUAUACUGUAAUGUACCAAGAGGUUUUACAUAUUUGGCUGUCUAAACCGAAAACCUAAGAAAUUGGUUCUCAUUGUUUAUGGUCAAAUUUAAUUUUCUUUUAUGAUAAAUUAUUAUUAUCCAUGAUAGCAGUGCACUAUUAUUAAUUUUGGCCGUACUGUUAAAUUAAAAAAAAAAACACACACAUAAUGAUGUAUUAGUUUCAAGAUUAGAAGCAAACUCAUAUAUAUGAUUUCUUUACUGAAAACAUUCACUCUAAGUAAUUCCAGAUUCAUUAUGAAACACUUAUUUCAUACUAAAAUUGUGAAAUUUCCUUUAGGCUUUAGUAUAUCCAUUUUCCAACUUUGGUUGUCCAAUAUUUUAGUUUGUUGAUUAAAAUACUUAUCUGCAAUUGUGAGCUUCAUUUGAUUUUGUCUAUUGUAUAUAAAAUAUGGAUGGUAAAAAAAGAAACUAGAAACUCUCUGAGAGAGUUCAUUUUAAAGACACCUGUUUAGAAAAAUUCCAAAACUUUCCCUCUUGCAUUUUAUUAAAGUAUUCAUUUUUUAUGGAGCCUGUGUUGUUUCACAAAUUCAGUAGAAAAUGUCAGUUGUUCCUUUAGAAAGUGAUAAAGUGCUUUUUCUGGCAUAAAGUAAAUUCAAAGCCAAGUCUUAUAACAUAUGAAAUGAUUGCGGUAUUCACACUUUUUGUAUUACUUUUUAGAGAUCACAUGCAGCAAAACACGGCACAUACCAUGUGAAUAGAGAAUAAUUAGAAACAUUAUUCAUUUGAAAUGAAUGGCGUAUCUUGUAUUUUAGCCUUGUUUUUCCAGUACAAGUGAAAAUUGAGUUUUGUUUACAGUGCUGCUGGAUAAUCAAUUUAAAUAUUUAAUAAGGUUAUAAUUGAACGACUUUUGUGAGAAAUCUGAACACCUUUAAUUUAUUUAGAGUAAAAGGUAAUCUGCCAGUCUAUUUUACUGAUAUUAAAUGACCCUUGCAUAUUCGUACAGGAAAUGUGACUUGUUUGCUGUGUUUUAUAUCCAUUGUUUGGUUUCACUGUUACAGACUGGAUAGCUGUCCAAGUAUUGUGUGCUCUGGAACAUCUAAGGCUUACAGAGACCAAGGGAUCCGCACUGUAUGCAUUUCUACACUUACAGUAUAUCCCCUGUAUUUUUCUUAAAAACUAUUACAUGGCAGGGUGUAUGCAGUCAUUUAAUACCAUUAUUAAAUUACAAUUGUGACAUCUUAAAAGAAUGUGAAUAUUCUUAACAGUGCCACAAACAUUCACUUUUUCAUUUUUCCACCUUAUAAAAUAUGUAUAUGUGUGUAUAUCACUAUCAGUUUACAUGAAUAAGCAGAAUGAAUUUGUGAAAUUUGGUUGAUCUGAUCAUUUUAGCUGAAAGCCCUUUGAGUGUUUUUAAAAAUUCAUAUUUCUUGUAAUCUUUCUAUUAUAUGCUGCAGAUUGUAUUAAUCUAUUUCUAACACAGAUACAGUUGUGUUUUUGUUUGAUUUUUUUCGCUGUUUUUGUACAUGUAGCACAAAUAAGCAUUGCACUUGGUACCAUGCUUUACCUCAUUUCCAAAAAGAAAAAAUACACACAAAAAGCUAAUAUGCUUAGACAAAAAACAAAUGUGGUUUUGGCCUUGCUGCUGUUUCAAUUGCUGAUGUUAGAAAAGGUAAUCAUUAAGGUAUAAUGUGCCUGCAGAUUUUAUUUUCACUGUAUAACUGAGGUAGGUAAUGUUAACCAUCUGGGGUUGAAUCUAUGUAUUUUAUUUCAUAAAAAUGCCCUGCCUUAAAUGAACUUGGCUUGCAGAAUGUCCUAGAUGGGAAAAGGGAUAACCAAAUAGGUAGCCUGGGGCUUAUACAAGUUAGAUAUACUUGUCCUCCGUACACAUGGUUUCAUUAUUGUUUACUGGUUUGGUUUUUUUUGUUUUUUUCUCUCCAAAACAGGACAUUUUAUAAAAUGAUAUUGUGUUCCACACUUAACAGAAUGAAAUAUUUAUGCCAUAAUGGCGGGGCACCUCUUAUUGUUAUUGUUACAGAAUAAGUUUUUACAUUUCAAGUGUAACCUCUUAUUUUCUCACAUGGUUAAUGAAAUUUUGUUGUUGUAUGUGUUUUUUAGUAAUUUGACCUGCGUCCCUGUCAGCUGUUGUAGUAAAUAAAAAUAAUCUCAUUUCUCUUGAACCUCAUAGAUUCAGAUUUAAACAUAAGUUAAUAAAUACACUUAAUACAAAAUGUCAUUAGUUUGUAACUUUUUUAUGAUGGUAAAUAUAUCGAGGAAAUUAUAAGCUGCCUACUCUUAAUGACGAUUAUCUACAGUAGAAAUAAAUGCACUCAUGUCAGCAGCAGGUUGUCUUGUAGAAAUAUUAAUGUGAGAUGUAUAUUGUUAGAAAGUUUUAAGUAUUGCAAGUGUUUGCUGUACUGUAAAUAUACUGGUUUUCAAGGUUGAAUACAUUCAAAGCAAAAUGGAAUAUACAUUUAAUUAAAUGGGAAGUAGUGGGUCAUCACAUGCUGCAGCAGUCUUUAAGGGACAAAAAUAUUUCUCAUUCAUACUGUAAUCAUGCUGCAGAGGUUUGCGGUCAGCACCUUAUGGAUCACAAUUACUUUUAAUAGAUUUUGUAAUAAUUGUAGCUAUGUAUAUCUACAAUAAAGUUAUGUUCUGGUUGUUCA